UUUUUUUUUUUCGUUGGAGAUAUCUCGUUUCAUGACAGAAGCUUGUUAUUUUUAUGGUACUUUGAUGGCAGAAGAAGUCAUUGGUGACGUCCUUUGUGGCAGAAAGGCUGAUGCGGUUAUCAAGAAAAACAAACUCAACACGUUACAACUCGAGCCAGCUGUGCUGAAGGGAUAUCGACGUUAUGCUGUGAAACACGCUACUUAUCCUGGAAUAUUGGCAUCUGAAAAUAAGAAUGAUCAAGUUCAAGGGAUACUCUGCAAAGGACUCAGUUUGAAGGAUGUGGAUGCUUUGGAUAACUAUGAAGGUGACGAAUAUCAACGAUAUACUACAACAGUAAUGUUAUCUGAAAAACUGGAUAAAGAAGAACCUGAUGAUAAGAAGCAAGUAUCAUGUCAAGUUUAUGUUUGGAUAGCAGAUAAGAGACAACUGGAAGAUCAUGAUUGGGAUUAUGAAUAUUGGCGACGGCACUAUCUUCCUUCCUAUAGUAGUAGUAAAGACUUUUAGGGUUAUAUUAUAGUUUUAUUUUCAUUUUUUUAUGUCGACAAUAAAUAGGGUAUUUUAUAUGAAA